AUGGAUAUGAGAUCAGAGGCUCGCAUUUCAAAGCUUAUGAUUGACCAUGAUCUAGAAAAAAAUGGCGAUAAAUUUCAGAUUUACCCAAUCUAUACCUCCGAGUUUCUUGUUCCAUUAAAGAUUGGCACACCUACUGUGCCACAAAUUCUUAUCAUGGACACUGGUAGUUUAUUACUUUGGGUUCAUUGUGGCCCCACCAUUGGUGGUGAAGGCUCACCAGGUCGGACUGAAGGAAAUCUUGCUUCUGAAGUUGUGACAUUUGAUUCAAGUAAUGGAACUGAAGUGACUAUCAAUCGUCUUAUGUUUGGAUGUUCAUCAAAAUAUUCUAGAGACUAUGAUUCAAACACAUUAGUUUUGGGAGGAGAGCCUAUAAUUAUAGCAGCCUCCACUCCCAUGUUUAUGCUUAUAGGCAAAUACUAUAUAACCUUAGAAAAAAUCAGUGUCGGAGACAAGUUUCUUGACAUCGAUCCAAACAUAUUCAAGAGGGUCGAUUAUCAAGGUGGAAUGCUUGUUGAUAGCUGGGCUCCUUCAACUUAUUUGCCUGAUGUGGCAUUCAAUAAAUUGAAGGAGGAAAUUAGAUCUGUUAUUGGUACGACCUUGAAAGAAUAUAUAAGCUCAAGACCAAACGAGCUUUGUUAUCUUGGAACUAUCAUUCAGGAUGUUAAAAACCUUCUGACUAUAGCAUUUCAUUUUGUUGAAAAUGCUAAAAUGAAGUUUGCUACUGAAAAUUUAUUUCGACAAGAUGAACCUGACCAUUUCUGCUUGUCGGUACAAAGUGCAGAUAGUAGUAAGCUACCUUUUAGCAUAUUAGGUGUUUGGGCACAAUAA